AUGGCUGAAUCAUCUUGCUGCAGCAUUUUCGGGUCAAAAGGACCUAAAAAACUUCAACCCAAUAGAUAUCCGAAACCGCCAGGAUUCGAUGAUAGUCCCAGUCAUGCAAAUCAUCCAAAUUUCCAGGGACCCCCACCACCAGUCGCAAAUAUGGCUCCGCUAAUACACACACCAGGCCAUCAUCAGACUCCGCCAGGAAACCCAGGAUUCGCAGGGAACCCAGCAUUCCAAGGAAAUCCACAAUUCCAAGGAAACCCAGGAUUCCAAGGAAACCCAGAAUUCCAAGGAAACCCACCAUUCCAAGGACACCCACCAUUCCAAGGACACCCACCAUUCCAAGGAAACCACCCUAAUGGUAUGGCAAUGGGAUUCCCAGUAAGCCAAGUAAAUCCAGGACACUCGUCUCCACCAGCAAGCAGCGGAAGAUCGUAUCAACCAAAUUCCGGUGAAGACUCAUUUCGUAUUCUAUACGGUGCCCAAAGUGGAUUCCCUUCAGUUGACGUACGAAGUUUGUAUAGACCCAGUGGAUCCCGGGGUGGUGAUAUAAGUCCGCCAUAA